GCCUCAUCUUGCAUUUUGGUGUUUAACGGUCGGUCGGCGCUCACAGGUUUCGCUCAAUUUAUUUCAUUUUUCAUUUUCCAUUACAAAAGUGGUUUUAGAGCGAAGGUCUUUUCGGGAGAGAGCGCGGUGUGCACGAACAUUACUAAGAAAACGGGUUAUUCCAACGAGGUAGCGGUUCGCAUAAUACACUGGCCAGAGAUACCCGGAAUACAGCGCAAAAUAAGGAAGGAGGAGAAGGACACAGAGGUUUGGGAAGGGAUAGGAGAAUAGACCGGCUGGAUUGGACUGGACGAGAAGGCACGAACCGAUAAAACGAGUCGAGAGAAAAACGAUUCUAGAUCAGAUGAGAUAAGACGGGUGGAUCAGCAGAGAAAAGAGAAAAAAAUACGGCGGAUGAUGUGAAUGAGAAUUGGCUUUCACUGCGCUUGAGGUUUGCGCAAAUCAAAGCGCUAGAGUUACUGGGCGGCACUGUGAGGACUUGUAAGGAUAUUUUUGAAGCCAAAAAAAAUAAAUAAGAGCCGCAGAGGAGAUAUGAGCGCGGGAGGUGCAGUGGGAGGAGGAGGAGUACCACAGAAGCAGAUUCGUUUUGUGAAUAAUGAGGGACAACCACCUGCGAAGAGGAGGAGGGUUAAUGCUGCGUAUGUAUACAGUUUUGGGAAAGAGUGCAGAAUGGAGGAGUAUUUUUCCGGGAACAUCAGCUAAUCUUUAAUGUGGCAUGGCAUGUAGUUGUCGAACAUGUCGAAAACGAAAAACAAGAUGCGAUGGGAAACGACCGCUUUGUUCAACUUGUACGGAUAAUGGUCAUGAAUGUAUGGGAUAUGCGGAGGGUUCAGAUGGGGCUGCGAACUUGAUAAAAAAGGAGGUGAGGACUCCCGAGGGUGGGGAUGCUGAUGGGAAUGGGAAUGCGCAUGAGAGGGAUUUUACACCUACGCAGGUUCGAAGGCCGGGAAUUUCGAGAGAUAAUUCAAGGGAUAUGAUACCGCAGAAAUUGCAACAAAAAGCGAAUACGCCAGUGUCAAAGAUGAGAUUUGAAGAUGAUCAAUUGCAUAUGAGAGACGUGCCGAGGAGGACGCAAAGCCAUGAUAUGGGAACCAAUCCGCCUGAAAGUCAAAGGCUUGAUUAUAGAGAUACGGUUCUAUUCCCAGAUGAUGGCAGUAGUCCUAUAGAAAGGGAGCAACCGCUACUCGGUGAAAGCACUAUCAGUGAGAGUCAUAGAGUACCAUAUUUCAGAUAUUUUGGUCCAACCGCCAUUGUACCUGGAUUCAAACAAAUGGUUGUCUCUGUUCGGGAACAGAGAAGAAGUAUGGGGGCUCGUUCUUCUUCCUCUCUGACCAUGUCACCUGCAUCUGCAAAACAUGGUUCGACCGGUGGUUCUGUUAAUGGAGGAACGCCAUCUCAGGCAGGUACGGAACCAAGAUCUGCAGUGGAUAUGCCACUUUAUGAUCCUAAUGAUCCUUUACCGGUAAAUAGAUUAAUCAUUCAUCUUGUGGAAGUCUUUUUUGCGCAUUUGGGCUGUAAUUAUCCUUUUUUGUCAAAGAGACAGGAAAAUUUUAAGCGUCUGGUGGAAGAAAAGAAAAUUGAACCUAUUCUUGUGGAUGCGGUUUGUGCGUUAGCCGCUCGAUUUUCGGAUCAUCCUCUUCUUACUACUUCGCAUGAGUUACCACAUCCGAAAUCAGAAUAUGGACAGAUUUUUGCUCAAAGAGCUAAAGCAGCUGUUGUCGAUACUUUUCCUUGUCCGACGGUUGGUGCGGUACAGGCAUGUUUAUUACUUGCUUAUGAGGGCUUUGGUGCGAAUCAAGAUAGUGCGUUAUGGAUGUAUCUUGGAUGUGCUAUACGAAUGGCUGUAGAUCUUGGAUUACAAAAAUUAGACGGCGUUAAACAUCAAGGUCAGAAAGAUCCGGGAUAUCAUAGAUCUUCAACAAACGAAGGAGAGUCUAGCGAACCUGCAGCCACCAUUUCCGCGGAAGAAAAGAAGGAAAUCGAAGAAGAAAGAAUUGAUACUCUCUGGGCAGUUCUAAUGCUAGAUCGUGUCAUAUCUUCCGGCACUGGUCGACCCGUCAGUCUUAAAGAUGAAGAUCUUGAAUUGACACUUCCGUCCGUAUCGAAUAAUUCGGAAUAUGCAUGGCCGGAUCCAUUCCCGGCUCUCAUUAGAAUUAUUCAUUUAUAUGGCAGGGUGUCGGAUUUGUUGAAUCGUAUAAGAGGCGUGGAUGAUGUUACGCAAGGGUUGAUUCAACAGCUUUCGGGUAUGGAAAGGGAUUUGACCAUGUUGUAUCAGAGUUUGGAUCAUCGGUUAGGAUUUACGGCGAGUAAUUUUCAGCAUUUUGUUAAGAGUGGGGAGGGAACGAAUUUUAUACUUGUGAGUUUUUUUAUGAUAUUUCUUGUUAUCAAAGUUUUUAAUUUUCGGACCUUGUUUGCUAUAUUGAAUGUUUUUGAGGCAUUGGUUGAGGAUGAACUCAAAGAUUCAUGGCUUUUCUAAUGUGGAAAGCUUUUAAACAUGGCUUGCAGCCGGAUUAUUGGGAACCUUGACCUCAUCAGGUUUAUGGGACGUUUUGCUAAUGGGUAUGAAGGUCCAUUUUUGGUUUCAUACUUUAAUCAUGCUACUUCAUCAACCAACUUUAAUGCACUCAUUCGAAGGACAAGUUUUACAAUUACUCCCACAUAGUCGAGAACUCAGCAUGUCAUCUGCUAAAACUAUUGCUGAUAUUUUGGCUUUCGCCGAACUCAUUGAUCCAAGAUCAUUUAUUGGAAAUCCAUUUACAUGUCAACCUAUAUACAUCGCUGGAUGUGCAUUUCUCAAAGAAAUUGCAUUACACACUUCCCAGCCAUCUUCCAGAGAUGCUAGCCCUCGACAAAGCCCGACCGGUUCAUCGGAUACUGUUAGACCAAACGGGCAUCAAAGCAAUCAUGGAAAUCAAAAGCAAAAACACUCUUUACUUGCUGCAGCUGCAAAUCAAAAUUAUCAACGAUGUCACAAAGCAUUACAACACAUAGAAUCAUAUUGGGCUGGUACUCGAUAUAUUCGAGUAGCUAUGGAACAGAAACAGAGUGGAAUCGAUCCACAAGAGGUCGAAACAUACACAGCGGAAGAAUAUACUGAAGCUACCAAACCAAGACAUGAAAUUAUACCUAAUUGGAGAAGAAAAUUCUCUGCACAUUCACCAAGUCCAGCAUUACCAGGAUCUCCAGCAAUUGAUUUAGCACAAGCUAUUGGAUGGUCACUUACUGGAACAACCAAUUCUCCAAGUUCGAAUUUAACACUUAUGUAUCAAAAUCAAAAUGCAGCGGAUCAUCUAGAAAUGAAAUCCCAUAAGGAAUACGGUCAGGGAAAUAUGAUUUAUGAUCCCAUUAGACAAAGUCUUCCAGAAAAUAUGGCAGGAGGUACUUCGACUAGUGGAAGAUUUGAUAAUACGUCAACAAGUGGGAGAUUUGAAAGAUACACUUCACGAUCGAAUCAAAUGCUUCCUCCAGUACCAAAGUUCAUGCAUGGAACAAAUCUCGAUGCAACAGCUACUGCUGAUGCGGAAAUGUUACUUGGACUUGGUGCGGGUAAUUCACCUUAUGCUACACCGGGUAGUAGUUCUCAUCAUUCAUUUGAUCCUGGUCAUAGGAAUACACUUUCUCCGAGACCGGGCUCUGCUAGUACUACUGGAGCUGGUGGUGGUGGUGGAUAUGAUUUUCACCCUCCGUCUAGAAGUGGAAGUGCGAAUUUUUACGGCGGUCAUAAUCAUGGCCAUAAUCACGGACAUAAUCACAGCCACAAUAACCACAAUCACAAUCACAAUCACAGUCACAGUCAUAAUAAUACAGCAAACAACUCGCAUGGAAAUAAUAACUUGCACAAUGGUACGGGGAAUGCACAUGGAAAUGCACAUGGAAAUGGAAAUGGAAAUGUAUAUGCAGCGCAUACAAAUGGAUAUAUGGGAAUGAGUCUAGGAAGCAAUAUGGGAGUCGGUGAUAUGAUGAUGGAGAGUCAGGAUAUUGAUAUGAGGGGUCUUGGGGAGGAUAUGAUUCCUUGGUUGGAGUAUUUGCCGGGGGAUAUGUUGGGGUUUUUUGAGGGCGUUGGGUAGAGGUUGGGUUUGGGUGUGAGAAUUUGG